AUGAAUUCAAAUCUACCCUAUAAACCGUCACCUUUAUCAUUCAAUUCUCCGCGAGCAUCCCCAUUCCGACGUCCGUCAUCCCCCGGCUCACCCACAACAGGCAUCCGAGUCAAUACACCAGCCAGUUCACCUGGAAGAGGCCACACACCAGUGACAUCUCCAAGCAAACUAAAUCAAACUUAUACCGUGGGUGACAAUGAGGAAGCUCUAACAGAGGACGACCAACCGGCGGUUUCCACCCCAAAGUCUCCCCGGUGGAGAGAACCACCUGUGUCGCCGACCAAAGGCGCACCUGAUAGGAACGGCUUCUCGUCGCCGAUGAGCGCGCGAGCGGUCCGUACGAAUGUUGUUAGUAGUGAUACGUUAUCAAAAUUGCCUGCUUCUCAAGUGAGGGAUAUGCGAGAGGCGUUUCUGGUGCUUGAUCGCGAUAAUGAUGGUAACGUCAAUCGAGAUGAUGUGGCCGACGUCUUGUCAAAUCUAGGCCGGGAUCCAUCAUCAAGUGCAACUGCUCAAUACUUCCCUGCCGGAGCUGCACAAACCAUGAACCUACCCACAUUUCUUAGCACCCUUUCCAAUCUACUAGCACCACUAUCAUCUCAAAAAGAACUUCUCAAUGCCUUUGCCGCCUUUGAUGAUGAUGAUAGCGGGCAGGUAGACGUGGCCGAACUCCGGGAUGCACUUUUGCACACAAACCCGGAUGUUGGAGAAAGUCCCCUGACAGAAAAGGAAGUCGAUGAAGUCCUCAAUGGGUUCACAGGACGAAGAGCGUUCGGCGGUAGAGGGAAGCAAGCGCUUGGUGGCCAGAAGAGAGGGGAUGUGUUUUAUUAUCAAGAUUUCGUGGGCAGUAUCAUGGACAGUUCGGACAAUGGGAAUGGCUCGAAUAGUGCUGCCAAAUCUUCUCCUGCUUCUUAA